AUGAAGUUUAUUUCUUUUGUUUUUAUUGUUAUAUUUAUAAGAAAUGGCGAAGGUGUUAACUUUUCCGGUGGCCUUAAGUCGAACUAUACGUUUCCAAAAGAUUUUUCCUUUGGCGUUUCAACAGCUGCUAUACAAAUAGAGGGAGCGUGGAAUGAAGAUGGAAAGUCUGAAAGCAUAUGGGACAACCUAGUCCGCAGAAAUCCAAACUUUACGAAAGAUGGUUCGACUCCCGACGUAGCAGCUGAUUCAUAUCAUCUAUAUAAACGAGAUGCGGAAAUGGUCCAUGAACUCGGUGUAGAUAUUUACCGUUUCUCUAUAUCUUGGCCACGAAUAUUACCCAACGGCUUAAUAAACUCCGUCAAUAAUUUAGGCAUUCAGUAUUACAAAAAUCUUAUCAACGAACUAGAGAAAUAUAACAUUACACCCAUGGUUACUAUAUAUCAUUGGGAUUUGCCCCAGAAAUUGCAAGAUAUGGGAGGUUUUAGCAACGAGCACAUUGUAGAGUACUAUACAGAUUAUGCCAAUUUAUUGUUUGAAAACUUUGCUGAUAAAGUGAAAUACUGGGUCACGUUCAAUGAGCCGAUGCAGACUUGUUUGGAAGGUUAUGGAGGUACUUAUAGGGCACCGGCCCUGAACAGACAUGGUAUCGCCGAGUACCUCUGCACGCAUAAUCUGCUUAAGGCCCAUGCUGAUGUAUAUCACUUGUAUAACAAACAGUACCGACCAAUAUAUGGAGGUAAAAUUGGUAUUUCACUUGACUCUAAUUGGGCACAACCGAAAACUAACUCUCCAAGUGAUAUAAAGGCUGCUGAACUAUAUUUAAGAACUCACGUUGGCUGGUAUGCUCACCCCAUUUUCUCAAGUGAAGGAAAUUAUCCGCCAGAACUGAUUCAACUUGUAGACGAAAAAAGUCGCCAUCAAAACUACUCCAGAUCACGUCUACCUAAAUUCACUCAAGCGGAAGUGGAUCACAUUAAGGGAACAGCAGAUUUCUUUGGCUUGAACCAUUAUACCACGUACUUGCUGAGCAUGGCAGAGAAGGAAGUGGGUCAAAUCCCAUCUCAUGAGAAUGAUGUUGGUAUUGUACGGGUUCAAAAUCCUAAGUGGCCAUCGAUGUCUUCUUCAAAUUGGUUGAAAGUGGUGCCAUUCGGGUUCCGUCGUCUUCUAGCGUGGAUAACAAGGACGUACAAUAACAUUCCUAUAAUCGUUACCGAAAACGGCUACGCGGAUUACAGUGGAAUUCAUGAUAACGCAAGAGUUACCUACUACUGCCAUUACUUGAAUGCCCUGUUACAUGCGAUACAUGAAGACAAGAGCAAUGUUCAGGGAUACUUCGCGUGGAGCCUAAUGGAUAACUGGGAAUGGGACGAUGGAUUUGUGUCUCGCUUCGGUCUUUACUUGGUCGAUUUUGAGAGUCAGAAUAAAACGAGGACGGCCAAGGACUCGGCACGAUUGUACACGAGUGUGAUCUCCUCGCGAGGCUUGCCAGAGAAUUACGAUCCUGAUGACUACUCUGCCUUCUCAUCAGCAUCGAAAGUCCUGCCUACUGUUCUCCCCCUCAUCCCCCUAUACCGAUAUCUACUUUAA